AUGGCACCAGACCGGGGAUCCGCAUCGUUGGAAAAUGAAAGAGGAGGGCAUGGUGAAGAGACGGAUGAUCAUGCGCUCGGCCGCAGCAGGUCGGGAGCCCGCAAGUACCUGGCUGAACAGGCGUCGCAGCCACAGAACUUUACGCUUCGAGGUGUUUUGGUAGGCUUGGCGAUUGGUGUGGUGAUUUGCUUCUCGAAUAUGUACUUUGGGUUGCAGACUGGUUGGGUUUCUGGCAUGGCUAUGCCUUCUGCUCUGAUCGGAUUCGCAUACUUCAAGGUCGUUGCAAAGACACUCAAGUUGCCAUUUACGCCGGUUGAGAAUGUUCUGGUUCAAUCAGUUGCGGGAUCGGUCGGCACCAUGCCACUCGGAUGUGGAUUCGUAGGAGUAAUCCCUGCUCUGAACUAUCUGUUGAAACCUGAGGAAAACGGACCUUUGGAUAUAAGUCUAUGGAAGCUGAUCGUGUGGUCUGUGGGCAUUUGCUUCUUUGGUGUUGUGUUUGCGGUACCACUACGGAAAGAGAUGAUCAUCAGGGAGAAGCUAAAGUUUCCGAGUGGGACUGCGACUGCUCUUUUGAUCAAGGUGCUCCAUGGAGAUGAAAAGUCCAAGACGAUGAUGGUACGCGAAGGGAUCCAAGAUAGGGAUGACCAGUCCGAUGACGGAGAGGAGGCACAGGGCCUACUACAAGGUUCAAGCGCGCAGCGGGAAGAGCACGAUCUUAGGCCGUCCAUGGAUGACAGCAUGAAGGAUCCAGAUCAAGAGCUUGGAGAAGAUGGGGACUGGAGAUCUAAGAUCAGGUUGCUGCUCAUCUCUUUUGGCGGAUCCGCACUAUACACUGUCGUAUCGUACUUCAUCCCGCAGCUCCACGACAUACCCGUUUUCGGUCUUCCCUUGGCGCAGAACUGGCUCUGGACUUUGAACCCUUCGCCUGCGUACGUGGGUCAAGGUAUCAUCAUGGGUCCUGCUACGACGCUUCAUAUGCUCCUCGGUGCCAUCAUAGGCUGGGGCAUCCUUUCACCACUCGCCAAGCACAAAGAAUGGGCUCCAGGGCCAGUGUCAGACUGGACAAACGGAUCAAAAGGCUGGAUAGUCUGGAUCUCUCUUGCCAUUAUGCUCGCGGAUUCCCUUGUUAGCCUGGGGUGGCUUCUUUUGCGUCCCGUCAUCACAGUCGCAAGAGCUUAUUACCCUACUGCAAAAGAAAAUUUCCAAUCGCAUACUUGGAAAGAGAUAUUCACGCUGAACAUCACAUCCAAGCCACAGUACACUCAGCUCAGCGAUGGCACGUCAGCGAACCCGUUGGCAGCGAUCAAGCAACAUCUCGCUGAAGGUGCCGAGCCGGAUGCCCCGCCUGAGCAUCUUGUUUCGAACCGUACCACUAUCAUCGGUCUAAUUGCUUCGCUAAUUCUUUGCGUCGCUGCCGUCCAUGUGUCAUUCCCAGGCCUCAUUCCCUUCCGGCUUACCCUACUAUCGCUCGUACUUGCGCUCGUCCUAUCCAUUAUGGGUGUCCGCGCACUUGGCGAAACAGAUUUGAACCCCGUUUCUGGUAUCUCGAAGCUCACUCAACUCGUCUUCGCGCUCGUCACGCCCACCACUGGGCCUGGUGCCAAGAAUGCGGUCAUUAUCAACCUUGUUGCAGGCGCCAUCUCCGAGUCUGCUGCACUACAAGCAGGCGAUCUACUACAGGAUCUCAAGUGUGGUCAUCUGCUAGGCGCAGCGCCGAAUGCGCAGUUUUGGGGCCAGAUGAUCGGUUCAGCAUUCGGUGCGGUGUUGUCUGCUGUUGUAUACAAGCUGUACACAAACGUAUACACCAUUCCCGGUGGCCUGUUCGAAGUGCCGACAGGAUACGUGUGGGUCUUUACUGCGCGAUUGGUGACAGGCAAGGGCCUACCGCCAAUGGUCAAGGAAUGGGCUAGCGGGGCGGCUGUCAUAUUCGCCGUAGGUACUAUGAUCAGAGUCUGGGGUAACAACAGAAAGCAGAGGGGUUUGAGUGGAUGGUGGAUCGACUUCGUGCCUGGUGGAAUCGCCGUUGCUGUUGGCAUGUAUAACACUCCAUCUUUCACGUUGGCGCGUACAAUAGGCGGUCUGCUCAGUCUAUGGUGGCGGCGAUGGAAGGGUCGAAGCGAGACACCUAUAAUCGUGCUUGCAAGUGGAUUGAUCCUUGGCGAAGGACUGUUUAGUAUCGUGAAC